UCACCGUUUUCGCGCUGUCUGGUUUCGUGUCGAGAUCCACGUAAUUGGACUCGUCGCCUUUUCUCUCGGUGCCGUGGACCUUGCCUUCCUUAUCCGUGUCCAGUGGGAGCAGCUUCCUGUGAAGUCCGGUGUCAUCUCGGAAAUAUUCAGCAGCAUCUGAUGCCAGUCCGCCGAAAGUUCAUGUGCAGCUGCAGCUCGGGCUCAGGGCUUCGCACAGAAGUAAAUGGAGGAGCGGGCGUUUGAUAAGGAGCGACUCCGGGUCGGACCGCCUUACAUAAUGAUGAUGCAGUCAUUGGAGCUCUGUCUAAGUGUUGAAGACUCAAGUGUUGUCUCUGGAUAGGGCCCCAGACUGCUGGUAUGCAGCGGGGAGGGCUGCGCCAACAGUUGCUCCAUGUGGAGGGCACAUUGACAGCAAUAUCAAGGACAGAUGCCACCAGUAUAAAGCAUUUGUCACCCUCAAAUCCAAUAUUUACCCUCGGCCACAGCAGUAAUAAACAACUGCACUUUUUAGGAGGCAUAUUUUUAUUUAUACUAGUACCCCAGAUCACUCUGACAGUUCAUGAAGCAAUACUUAAACCUAAAAUAAAACAUGUUUAAAACGGAUCAGUGGUUUCUGACCUUUUGCUUUGCUCAGCCUAUAAAUACACUGUAUAAAGUCAUUAUAAUUUAAAUAUUGUAUUAGGUCUGACAUAUAUUGGCAACAGAGUGAAAUUAGUGUGUAGCAGAGCUGAAAUAGAGCUGAAGGGACCUAAACAGACGAAGCUUCAUGCUUUCUGAAGACAACACCAAGCUGAUUAAAUCCUUCAGUUCUAUAAUAAUUCACACAGAUACAUCUUCCUUUGGUAGCAGAUAUUAUAGAUUAUUUGAUUAAACAUUCAAUUCAGGUUUUAAUCUUUUCUUUCUGUUCCAAACUAAGGACACAGGCUGAAAGUGACCUUCACAAAGCUGAUUUGGACACAUUAAAUGGAGGGACGCUGCUCAUCGAAGCGCCCUGAGAUCAGUUUCUUACAGCAGCUGUUAAAUUGUGAGGACUAUUAAUCAGCAGCGGUUCCCUUCUCGGCCGCCACUCUCACCCUCACACAUCAUAACGCCGAUGCACAACAGUCCCUGCUUGAGACACAGCAUGUACCUGCCCCCAAAAUAGGCCAGAGUGAAGCAGUAUCAAGAGUAACACAACAAAUCUGCCAGCGGUAAGUGUUGAGUUUGCAGUGACAGAGCUCCAGAGGGAACAAGUGCUGAUAUGGGUCUGAAUGAGCUGCUCCCACGUUGAUCGGAGCUGCUCACAUAGAGUCCAUCUUAUUAUUUACCACUACAUUCUGUGGUACUUACUCUCCACCGGAAUAUUUAGGCUUUAGAGGUUGUUUUUAUUCAUUUCCAUAGAGGGAUUAGAUUAUAAAAUUAAACCUGUACAUAGAAACAGAAAAAGGCAGUAACGAUUCAUGAACAGCACAUUAGGAGUGAGAUCAUUUCAUAUCCCGUAUCCGUUUUGUGCAGCUUCCGAGCAGGAACUGGAGGAGUUGGAGAGGCCGAACGCCUGCUGUGAAGCAGUCACCAGCAGACAGACCCCACGCUGCUCCUCGGUACCCCCCACCACCCAGAGAGUUUCAUGACUCGAGGGGUCAAGGGUCAUUUUGGGAUAUGAAAAUGUCAUAUAGGACUUGGUUUAUUGUAUUUAAGAGAUCAGACUGUUGCCAUAAUGUUUAAUGUUCUGACCCCCUGACCUUUAGGCAAAUUUUAGCGUUUAUAAAUGAUGGUGAAAGCAUCUCAAAGGUUAUGUUUAAAGUGGAAAGUAGAGAGUUUACACCUGGUCUCUUUAAUUAAGAUUUUUAAGAUUAAGAUUUAAGAUUUUUCAAAACAUGAAACGUGACCAAAUUAUAUUGCAAUAACUGUGUCAGAGGUUACCGCAUCAAACCCAUCACACUUUGGUGGUUGUCUAGAAAGAAACAGCGAGUAGCUGUCGGCUGUGGCCUCAUCUGGUUUCAGUUUGCACGUGUCCUGAGUGUUUCAGGGAUACACUAGCCUAAAAACAGCAAUGCUAGAUGCAGAGCUGUCAUGAAUUAUGCCAGCAAUGGCAGACACGUACGGUUGCUCCCUUCUGGCAAUGGCUAUUUGGUUUCACUCGUGCUCAAAGACUACUGGUCCUCCAGCAAAGGUCAGCACCUUGUUAGGGCCUGCUGCCACGUCUACCAGCCCCAUUGUCUCCUUCUUUCUAUGAAUAAUGACGCUAAGCUUCCUUUGAAAGAGAAUAAAUGUGGCCAUUUCAUCUCAAAGUAAAUUUGCAGAAUAAACAAUUCAAGAAAUAACGUGUAAUGGGCAUAAACAACAUCCUUAUGACGUCAAUCCGACUAUUAUAUAUUACUUUAGACCUUCUGUCCUAUUGUGAAUGUUUUCAUUCAUCUUCUGCAUGUUACUGCUCAGUUCGUAUCUCCACAUUUACAUUUUCCCGAAUUUAAAAUUUGCCACAAAGUCUAUUAAAAAAAUUAAAAAGAAACACACAUGAGUCAGUUCAUAGUGAUUUGGAUCAAAUUAAACUAGUUUUUAUAUACUGAUGUUAAUAUGCUAACUUUAUAUGGACUUGCACUGUGUAUCCAGUAGAUCUACCACAGUAUAGAAGUAUGUUGUUGGUCAUACUGCUUCCUAUGUUUAGAAAACUUUACAUUUUAACCAAAAAAAGGCCCAGUUGUCUAAUUUAAGCACAAAUGCAGCAGAGCAUAAAAAUGUUUUUGGAAAAGCCUUGAAAACUGUUUAGAAUAUCUUCAAAACUCAGUUUGCAGAAAGUCGUCAGAUUAUGUGCAGCCGCCAUCUAGUGGUGGAGCACUGUAAGAACACGUGUGGUGUUUAAUUACAUGAAAGGAGCUGCACAUCGGAUUAGAUCAGAACAGGUGCGUGUUGACCUGCCUGCUGAAAACAACCUGUAGCGUGUCUAUGUGACAUGCUACGUGACUUUCUCUGCUGAUACAAUGAAAAUGCUCCACUGUGUAAAACACUGCGCCGUUCGCAUUUCUGUCAAAACAGUUUCAGUGCGGGACUCAUGCAAUAAUUACGGUAACAAUGUUGCGAUCGCUGAAAAAUUGCUCAAACUCUGUACAGCGGAAACGCUCUCCAUGGUGCUGAACUUGUGUUUUGGCACUUUAGCCUUUAUUUGAAACAAGUGUUCACGUGUUUUCACCCCCUCCGUAGAAACGGAGAGCCGAUCGAUCCCUUUUCUUCCCUUCCGGGACGCAGCUGCGGCGGUAUCAGUCUGUGUCAGGGGGCUCCUCGCCACUGCUGCAUUUUGAUGUCGCCCGGGCGGAAUAAACAAACAAACCCCGGUCUUCUCCACUGUUAUUGAGCAGCAUGGCCUCCACCAAGCUGCGGCUGCUCGGCUGCUUCGCGCUCCUCUUCAUUUGUGAGGGAGCGAAAUCCAAAAGACAUUUCAAAUGUCCUUCAGGAUGCUCCUGCUCCAAGGAGACGAUCGUCUGCGUGGGUACUUCCCACGUACCGCGAACUAUACCGAACGAGAUCAACUCGCUGAGCGUGGUGAAUGGAUCAAUUGCUGAAAUUACAGAGGGAAUGUUUUCACUCAUGCCUCAUCUUCAGCUGUUGCUUCUAAAUUCAAAUUCUCUGGCCACAAUCAAAGAUGACGCUUUCUCUGGCCUUCCACACUUGGAGUAUUUGUUUAUUGAACGAAACAAGAUCGAAACAAUCACAAAGAAUGCUUUUCGGGGUCUGCGAGAUUUGACUCAUCUCUCCCUGGCCAACAACCAGCUGAGGUUUCUGCCAAGAGAUCUCUUCUUUGACUUGGACUCGCUGCUGGAACUGGACCUCCGAGGCAACUCCUUCCAGUGCAGCUGUGAAAACAAGUGGCUGAUGUCGUGGCUGAAGAACACCAACGCCACGGCGGCCGACGUCUUCUGCGCUGGGCCGAGCGAGCUGAAGGGCAGGCGUCUCAGCGACGUUCCCAUUCCCCCGGGCGAGUGCAUGUCCACAGACUUCGUGCGUCAUCAGUCCAUCCCUGUUCAGUCCAUGUCAGCGGACAUUUUCUCCUUCAACGAGGACAUCUACGUGGCCAUGGCUGCGCCCAACUCCAACAGCUGCGUGGUCAUGGAGUGGGAUCACAUCGAGAUGCACUUCAGGAAGUUUGAUGAUAUAACAGGGAAGUCCGUCGCUGGGUGCAGGUCGGUCCUCAUCGACAGCCACGUCCUGAUAGUUGUCACUCAGCUCUUCGGCGGCUCGCACCUUUACAAGUUCGACGCGCAGCAAAACAAGUUCGCCAAAUUUCAAACCAUUGAGGUUUUCAACAUCUCGAAGCCGAACGACAUCGAGGUGUUCCAAAUAGACCAGGUUUGGUACUUUGUGAUAGUGGACAGCUCUAAGGCGGGACUGUCCACUCUGUACAAGUGGGUCAACCAACCGGACCGCAACCAAACCGGGUUCUACUCCCACCAGUUCCUCCACGAGUGGUUCCGCGACACGGACGCUGAGUUCGUGGAAGCGGACGGGAAGUUCUACCUCAUCCUGACCAGUCGCUCCCAGUUGCCCGCCAUCUACAUGUGGAACAAAGGCGCUCAGAAGUUCGCGUUUCACGGCGAAAUCCCAAACGUGGAGGACGUGGUGGCGGUGAAAGCUUUCCGCCUGGGGCCCGACUGGUUCCUGGCCCUGACGUGCUACAUCGGCGACUCCAAAGUGCUCAAGUGGACCAACAAGCAGUUCUCGGAGGUGCAGCCCCUGCCCUCCCGGGGGGCCAUGGUCCUCCAGCCCUUCAGCAUCGCCGGCAGACACUACCUGGCCCUCGGCAGCGACUACUCCUUCACGCAGAUCUACCUCUGGGACGCCGACGCCAAAGCCUUUCACAAGUUCAAGGACGUUUACGUGCAGUCGCCCCGGUCGUUCGCAGUCAUGACGACCGACCGGAGGAAUUUCAUCUUCUCCUCCAGCUUCAAGGGCAGGUCGAUGGUUUUUGAGCAUGUUAUAGUGGAUUUGAGCUUAUAAUGGCCGGCAUUAAUUAUAAAUCAGCCAGGUACGAGGUAGUAGUGGGAUCAAUACUGCGUGUGAGGACUCUCAAGUGCUGCUUCUUUAUGCAACUGUCUGUAGGUUGUAUGCAUUUUAAAAACCUAUUACAGAGAUAAAACUAAUCUAAACCGAAGGCUGACGAACAGAAACGUGAUGACCUUUUAGCAUGAAGGUCAUCUUAGUGAGGCGCUACAGUAGCUCCCAUUGUGACGCAGUGACGGAUCCGGUGUCAAGUCCAGGGUGCAAAGAUUUGCCGUGUGCUCUGAAUGUGCGUGACACACGGGUUUUCUUUUUCAAACAUGUAACUAAAUCUUAUGAGCUUGGGUCUCGCUGCACAUUUGUAACAAGCUCCUGAUUGGCAGCUAACUAUGGUUUACUUCUGAUUUCUAUGCAAGAUGUUUAACACUGACCCACAGUCACACUGCUGCUUUUUUUUUACUAGUUUUAAUAUUUUCUGUGUAAUGGUGUGAUGUUUAAUGGUGUGAUGAUGGAGCUCGUGGCCAAAGUCAUAAAUGCUAGCAGGGUCAAAUAUGUUAUGCACCAAGAGGCUUAUUAUAACUUCAUCUACAACUUUAGGUCCUAUGUAAGAAUGAGUUUUGGAAAUGCAUUAAAGAACAUUAACUCUGA